AUGGAUCUUCAACCAUGUCUAGAACAGCAACAACAAUCCCAUGCAAAUGAUUCAACACCAAAUGGAAAACCAUAUUGUAAUUCAAUACAACAUCCGGUGCACAAAACCUUAGCCACAGCCGCCAAUCUUGCAAACCUUCUGCCAACAGGAACAGUCCUAGCAUUUCGAACUCUCACCCCUUCAUUUUCCAACAAAGGAAGAUGCCAACCUUCCAACAAGUAUCUCACUGCAUUUCUUAUCGGAUUCUCCACGGUUAUCUGCUUUUUUUCCUCAUUUACUGAUAGCUUCUUUGAUAAACAUGACGGGAAGUUGUACUAUGGGAUUGCAACUUUCAAGGGCUUGUACGUUUUCAACAAUGAAUGUCGUGAUCAUGAUGAGAAAUCAGAGGGAGAAGACAUGAAGGAAUUGUCCGAGUAUAGAAUUCGUUGGAUAGACUUUGUCCAUGCAUUUGUGUCACUUCUUGUUUUCUUGAUCUUUGCUCUGAGUGAUACUGAUGUUCAAAAUUGCUUCUUUCCGGAAGCAGGAUCAAAUAUGGAUGCUUUGUUCAUGAAUUUGCCAUUGGGAGCUGGGAUUUUCUCAAGCUUUUUGUUCACUAUCUUUCCUACUAUUCGUAGAGGUAUUGGAUAUGCUGAUUUGCCUACCCGUGCAAAAUAAGAAAGUUUCCAUCCAAUUAGUCACUACCCUCUUUGUAAGUGUAUAAUUUAUAGAAAG